CCAUAGAAACACAAACUCAUAGAGAACGUGAACCACAGUCCUCCAUCUUGUACAGCCACAUACUUGUACAACUUAAUACUACUCCUAUAGUACAUGAUUGCAUCAUAAUAAUAUAAAAAUAUAUGUAUAGAGUUAGUUAGCAGAAUCUUCUAGACUCCCUCUGCUCUCUAUCCAAAUUAGUGGAUCCACAAAUCACAGACGAUGUACUCAUGUGAAGCUCACAAUAUGCUGGGCUACAAAACGUGUCUAAUCCUUCGCAAAACCCCAAUCGCCACUUUCAAUCACUCCGCGCGCAACUCCUUCAAGUUCCGCUGCUUACUAGACCAACUCGUUCCCAAAUUCGCCGUGUUGUCGUCUCUGAGCUCCGUUUUCACCUCCGGAAAUGUCAUCGCGCUCGCCGCCACCGCGGGUUCCGGCUCCGUUCACGGCGCUGUCACGGUGGCGAUUACGGACGUGGCGGUCACGGCUGUUGCGAUUGCCUCCGGGGCUUGUUUGUCGACUAAGAUUGACUUUCUUUGGCCUAAAGUUGAGGAACAACCUGGUUCCUUGAUACUGGAUGGGGUUGAUGUUACGGAAUAUCCUAUAUUCAGUGACUCAAAGGUCCAAAAAGCAAUUGCUUUUGCAAGGAAAGCUCAUCAAGGUCAGUUUAGGAAGACAGGAGAUCCUUAUCUCACACACUGUAUUCAUACAGCAAAAAUUCUGGCUGUGUUGGUUCCCUCAACUGGAAAAAGGGCUGUGGAUACAGUUAUUGCUGGUAUUCUUCACGAUGUGGUAGAUGAUACCUGCGAAUCAUUGGACAGCAUAGUGAAGGAGUUUGACGAAGAUAUAGCAAAAUUAGUAGCUGGUGUUUCCAAGUUGAGUUAUAUUAAUCAGUUACUGCGGAGACACAGAAGAGUAAAUGUGAAUCAGGAAGCCCUUCGCCCUGAAGAGGCCAACAAUUUACGAGUUAUGCUACUUGGCAUGGUUGAUGAUCCGCGCGUCGUACUCAUCAAGCUAGCGGAUCGUCUCCAUAACAUGAGAACCAUUUAUGCUCUGCCUUCAGCAAAGGCUCAAGCGGUUGCUCAGGAGACAUUAGUUAUUUGGUGCUCACUUGCUUCCCGAUUAGGUCUUUGGGCUCUAAAGGCUGAACUGGAAGAUUUAUGCUUUGCUGUACUUCAGCCUGAAGUGUUUCGUCAAAUGCGAGCCAACCUAGCCUCCAUGUGGAGCUGCAGUAAAAGAGAAGGUAAAUUGAGAAGAUUAGCUGCAAAAUCAAACGCGAGAAACUCAAUCUUGGAACCUGAGGAAUCUUUGCCAAGCAGUGAUGAUGAUAUUACUAUGAAAGAUCUUCUGCAGGCUGUACUGCCAUUCGAUCUCAUGCUAGAUCGGGGAAAGCGUAUUAAGUUUUCCAAUGCUUUUGGGACAUCUUCAGAGACUCAGACAAAACCAAAGGUUGUGAGGGAUGCCGGAAUCGCUUUAUCAUCUAUGGUACUUUGUGAGGAAGCACUGGAGCGCGAGCUAUUUAUAUCUACUUCUUAUGUUCCUGGAAUGGAGGUAACUUUAUCCAGUCGCCUAAAGAGCUUAUACAGCAUCUAUAGCAAGAUGCAACGAAAAGAUGUUGGUAUUCAGGAGAUAUAUGAUGCCCGUGCACUGAGGGUAAUUGUUGGGGAUAACAAUGGGACUUUACAUGGACAGGCAGUACAAGGUUGUUACAAUCUUCUCAACAUUGUGCACAGGCUCUGGAUCCCAAUCAAUGGUGAACUUGAUGACUAUAUUGUCAACCCAAAGCCAAGUGGCUACCAGUCUCUGCACACUGCAGUUCAAGGCCCAGAUAGCUCACCCUUGGAAGUUCAGAUAAGAACUCAGAGGAUGCAUGAAUAUGCUGAACAUGGAGUUGCUGCGCACUGGCUUUACAAAGAAGCAGGGAGUGCAUUGCCCUUGAAGAGCGAUAUAAUUGAUUCUGGAAUGGUGUCACCAUAUUCCUCAAAUGAGAUGGAAGAUCAGAACUCUGUUGAAGGGGUUAGCCCUCAUAAGUAUGGUUUUCUCAAACCUGGGCAUCCAGUUCUUAGAGUUGAAGGGAGUAACUUGCUUGCUGCAGUUAUUGUCAGAGUAGAUCAGGGUGGCAAAGAAUUGCUUGUUGCUGUAAGUUUUGCACUAGCAGCUUCCGAAGCAGUGGCUGACAGAAGAUCAUCUUACCAACUAAAAAGAUGGGAGGCUUAUGCGAUGCUACACAAAAAGGUAUCUGAUGAGUGGUGGUGUGAACCUGGACAUGGGGAUUGGUGUACUUGCUUAGAAAAGUAUACACUUUGCCGGGAUGGUAUAUACCACAAGCAAGACCAAUUUGAACGCCACCUACCAACUUUUAUACAAGUGAUAGAUUUGACAGAAGAAGAGGAAACUAGAUACUGGGAUGUUGUUGCCGCUGUUUUUGAGGGUAAACAGGUUGAAUCUGUUGUAUCCAACUCUAGCUGCUACAGUAAUCCAGGCUCAGGUCCAAUUAAUACAGAUUCCAUGGACUGUGGAAUUAAUAACAAGGUCCAUCUACUCAGGACAAUGUUACAGUGGGAAGAGCAGUUGUGUUCUGAAGCUGGUUUCCAACAAUCAAAUAAAUAUGUAAAGAUGGCAAACUCUGUCUCUAACGGAGAAGUGGUGGUUGUAUGCUGGCCCAAUGGUGAUAUAAUGAGGUUGAGAACUGGGAGCACUGCUGCGGAUGCUGCUAGAAGAGCAGGCAUUGAUGGAAAGCUGGUGGCUGUAAACGGCCAUCCUGUAUUGCCAAAUACACAGCUCAAAGAUGGUGAUGUUAUUGAGCUUAGAAAGUAGACUGCUGCUUGUAUAGUUGGUACACACUUGAAAGUAGGUUUUCUACUUCAUCAAUCACUCAAAAUUAGGUAGACAAAUGUAGAUUCAAGCAUGUUAGAUGUAUAGGUAGAAAAUAGAAGCAUCAGAAGUAAAAAAAUAUGUGAUGGUGCUCCUAAAUUCAAAGCACAUGGCUCCUGUCUCCUGAUUAGACCCUCACGAGGGCUGAACAUUGGUUAAUGAUCAUGUAUAGUUUUCAAUUUAGAUUAUAAAUGGCUUUGUUUAAUUA